GCAGGUCACUUCAUAGAUAUUUUUCACCUGGAGAAAAACUAAGAAAAAAGGGAGAUCGACGAAAAAUAAGAAAACUCUGGUGUGCAAGAACACAUCGUCAGAAUCGUGGGGGCUAAUCCAAAGACGAUGGUUCACUGUGCUGGCUGCGAGAGGCCUAUAUUGGACAGGUUUCUCCUGAACGUGCUGGACAGAGCUUGGCACGUCAAGUGCGUCCAGUGCUGCGACUGUAAAUGCAAUUUAACAGAGAAGUGUUUCUCCCGAGAAGGGAAACUGUACUGCAAAAACGACUUCUUUAGGCGAUUUGGUACGAAGUGCGCCGGCUGUGCUCAGGGGAUCUCGCCGAAUGACCUGGUUCGAAGGGCAAGGAGCAAAGUGUUCCAUUUGAACUGUUUCACGUGCAUGAUGUGUAACAAGCAGCUCUCCACCGGGGAGGAACUGUACAUCAUAGAUGAAAAUAAAUUCGUUUGUAAAGAAGAUUACCUGACCAGCAGCACGAGAGGGGACACCAACCUUCUUUCCGUUACAGCGUGCAGUGAUCCAAGUUUGUCUCCAGAUUCCCAAGACCCGCAGGAUGAUUGUAAAGACUCGGAAACCGGACAUCUAUCGGACAAAGAAACGGCCAAUAAUGAAAACGACGACCAGAACCUUGGAGGGAAACGACGUGGACCGCGGACUACCAUAAAGGCCAAGCAACUUGAGACCCUAAAAGCAGCUUUCGCGGCGACCCCGAAACCGACGCGACACAUCAGGGAGCAGCUUGCGCAGGAAACCGGGCUCAACAUGCGAGUCAUUCAGGUGUGGUUCCAGAACCGGCGGUCCAAAGAACGAAGAAUGAAGCAGCUCAGUGCUCUGGGUGCAAGGCGGCACGCGUUUUUCCGAAGCCCGAGAAGAAUGAGAACGCUUGUGGAUCGACUCGAACCCGGGGAGCUGAUCCCGAACGGCCAUUUCUCAUACUAUGGGGAUUACCAAAGCGAAUACUUUGGUCCGGGAGGGAACUACGACUACUUUCCGCAAGGUCCCCCAUCUUCACAGGCGCAGACCCCGGUGGACCUGGCCUUCGUGCCCUCCUCUGGGCCCGCCGGCGCCCCCCUCGGGGGCAUGGACCAUCCCCUGCCGGGGCACCACCCGUCCAGCGAGGUGCAGCGUUUCUCCGACAUCCUGUCCCACCAUCCGGGGGACUCGCCCAGCCCGGAGCCCGGCGUCCCGGGGCCCCUCCACGGCAUCCCCUCCGAGGUGUUUGGCCCCAGUCCACCCUUUACCUCACUCUCCCUCAACGGCAAUGGAUACAGCAACCACCUGUCUCACCCCCCCUCCGAACUGAACGAGGGCACAGUUUGGUAG